AUGAGAACUAUAAAGAUCGUCAUUAUAGGAGACAAUGCUGUAGGAAAGACAUGGUUAAUUCGAACUUAUCUGUCAAAUGAAACACCAAAUGGUUAUGUAAGUACAAUAUUUGAUAAUUUUGGGUCUAAAAUUAAAUAUAAAGAUGAUUAUUACAUGUUGAGCAUCUACGAUACAGCAGGGAUCAGCGAGUGGAGUAAAACAAAUUUACUUUCGUACCAGCAAACAGAUGUAUUUAUAGUUUGUUUUGCUAUAAAUAAUACCGGUUCUUUUAAUAAUGCUAUCAAAUUUAUAACAAAUUUAGAGGCGUAUGAUGUACCUAUAAUCCUCUGUGCAACAAAAACAGAUUUAAGAGAAGAAAGGGUUGUAGAUGCAAAAGUAUCAAACCAUGCAACUCAAAAAGUUGGAUGUUAUGAAUAUAUUGAAACAUCGUCCGUAGAGUUUAAAAAUGUUAAGAGAAUAUUUGACUUGGCAUGUGAGGCCGCUGUGAAUCCAAAAGAAUAUGGAAAACAAAAAUGUUGCGGAUUAUUUUAUUGUUGUUAA